AUGAAUGCAAAUAGAAGCAUUUCGAACCAAACUGACGAUCUUGUAUUUCUUGAGGAUGAAAUAACAAGAAUCAUCUUCGUAUAUGUGUCACCGUGUGUAAUAUUUAUUGGAACCGUUGCUAAUAUUUUAAGCAUUCUUGUUUUGUCAAAGAAAACGAUGCGUCGAUCAACAACAAUGUUCUAUUUGCUUAUUUUGUCGUCUGCUGACCUUCUCGUUUUGUACACAGGAUUGUUAAGAUACUGGAUUGUUAUGGCUUUUGAUGUGGACAUACGAUUAUACAGUGAUUUUAUUUGUAAACUUCAUGCUUUUCUUGUGUACUUUUCUCUAGACUUUGCGUCAUGGAUUUUGGUUGCCGUGACCAUGGAUCGCUGUAUUUCUGUGAUGCGACCACUCAAAGCUAGAGUAUGCUGCUCUCACAACGUAUCAAAAGUUAUUGUGGUAGUUUUAUUCGUGACAAUGGUUUUUAUAAACAGUCAUUUGUUUUUUACAGUUGAGAUUAUUUCAAGAAAUGGAUCAAAACCCAUAUGUCAAGAAGCAAAUGCCACUUUUGUAUUUGUCAGUAAAAUUUGGCCAUGGAUAGAUUUUGCAGUAUUCUGUUUUGUGCCAUUUGGAAUAAUGAUAAUAGCUAAUUUAUUAAUCAUUCGGAGAGUCUCGGCGUCUGUUAAAACUUUGAAAAAUAUGACAGUUGACAAUGAUAUUAGCAGAAGUUUCGACAGUUUAUACACACGUAGAACCUCACUUAGAUCGAAUCAUAUUUCAGGUGAGCAAUCAGAACAAAUAUCAACUAUCACAGAAACGUUUGGAAACCAUGGCUUUUCCAACAAUGCUGUAAAUAAAACAGCCAUCAACAAUUCAACAAGAUUACAAACAAGCACAAACGUGACUGUGAUGCUCUUGACCGUUAAUUUUGUGUUUUUCUUGUGUACAACGCCAAUAGCAGUCUAUUUCAUUGGACAGCAUUACUGGGAAACCCGAGACUUGCACCCUCAUAGGAUCGCUGUACAAAAUCUAGCUUACUGCAUUGUGAAUAUUCUUCAAUACCUCAAUAACAGUGUACAUUUUUUCUUGUACUGUUUCACAGGGAAGAGAUUUAGAAAUGAAUUUUAUAAACUGUUUUCAAAAAAACGUCGAUCUGUCAUUUUUCAAUGA